AUGGUCAAUAAAAUAAUUGAAAAAGUGAUCAAAGUUGCGAAAACUUCCCGAGUUUAUCACAGUCAAGGACCAAGAACAACAAAACAACAAGAUGAUUACAUUGUUGAUCAUACAGUUAUCAUGUAUUUGAUUGAUCCAGAUGGUAAUUUCCACGAUUAUUAUGGACAAAAUCGCAAAGCUGAAGAAAUUGCAAAUAUUAUUGAUAAUAUCAAUUUGAUAUGA